AUCAAGCAAUAUGGCCGUUGUGUUGACAUGUUGCCAUUGUCCGUGGUGAAAACAAUGAUAGGACUUUUCUUCUUUGUCGUUAUUACCGCCUGAUAGAAUUAGAAGAUUUGUAAUACGUCUACAAUGUCUUGUUCCGUGUGUGGUGUUGAGAGGUCACCUUUUACACAAGAUCUCUGUUUUCACAAUUUGCCUAAAAAACCAGAAAGCCGACAAAAAUGGUUAGAUGUCUUGGAAAAAGGGGAUGUGAAACGUCUUAUUGUAUGUAGUAACCAUUUCAGACCAGAAGAUUAUCGAGAAUCUUCCAUCAAGCCUCUUUUGAAACCCGAUGCUGUACCACGACGGGAACUCGUGGAAAUCUUUCGUGACACAAGAUCAUCCAACAACAACCAAAUAGAAUCACAGCAUUGUGAAACUGCCGUAGAUGAUCAUGACUAUUAUUGCAUAAAACCACCACACGCAGGGGUAUCAGCCUCUGAAGAUUCUCCUUAUGACUACGAAAUUGAAUAUGAGGAAUUUGAUCCUGGGACUCCAAAUGAUUCGGAAGGGUCCAUUGAUGCUGUCGAUUCAAACAGAGCACCAUCCGAGGACAAUGAUAAACAUGAUGACAUUGAUGUCGAUAAUUCGCUGAGGGCACCACCCGAGCCACUUGAGAAGGACUCUGAUGUGAAUCCAAAAAAUAGUCUGUCAGGGAAUCAAGUUCUGAGAGAUGCUUCAAAUCUCAAGUCUUCCAAGAUCAAACAGACUGCGAAAUCAAAAAGGAAACUGGAGCCUGGGUAUGAGUGCGACCCUCCCACCAGAAAACGUUUGUAUGUAGGUGACUUCGGGGUAUUUCGUCGACAGGAUUUUAAGGAUGAAACGGCGUGGAAUCGAUUCGUCAAUUUAUAUACGGACUUGAAAAGAGAAGCUAGUUUAUUGAAACGUAAGAAUGAGCGUCUGAAUGAUAGAGUGACAAUGUAUAAAAAAAUGGUUGCGCAUCUGCAAAAGACACCGAAGCAAUGCCAAUAGAACAACGAAAAGAUCUUGUAUUUUGAAUGUGACUGUAUAUGAGAGUAAAAUUUUGUAUUUAUGUGUUCGAA